AUGCGUGUAUUGUUGUCCAAGUUACCACGACCAUGGAUUGUUGAUGAGAAAAAAGAUGAUGGUUACACUGCCUUGCAUCUGGCAGCUCUCAAUAAUCAUGUGGAAGUGGCUGAACUUUUGGUGCAUCAGGGCAAUGCUAACCUGGAUAUCCAAAAUGUUAACCAGCAAACUGCUCUGCACCUUGCCGUUGAACGACAGCAUACACAAAUUGUUAGGCUCUUAGUCCGUGCAGGUGCUAAGCUGGAUAUUCAGGAUAAAGAUGGGGAUACUCCCCUGCAUGAAGCCCUGAGACACCACACCCUGUCACAGCUCCGCCAACUCCAAGACAUGCAAGAUGUGGGCAAGGUAGAUACUGCUUGGGAGCCAUCAAAGAACACACUAAUAAUGGGACUUGGCACUCAGGGAGCAGAGAAGAAGAGUGCAGCAUCUAUUGCCUGCUUCCUGGCAGCCAACGGAGCUGACCUCAGCAUUCGUAAUAAGAAAGGUCAAUCUCCCCUCGAUCUUUGCCCUGAUCCUAGUCUCUGCAAAGCAUUGGCUAAAUGUCACAAAGAAAAAGUCAGUGGUCAGGUUGGUUCCCGAAGUCCAUCUAUGAUCAACAAUGAUUCUGAAACCUUAGAAGAAUGUAUGGUGUGUUCAGACAUGAAGAGAGAUACUCUGUUCGGCCCAUGUGGACACAUUGCCACGUGUUCUCUGUGCUCACCACGGGUGAAAAAAUGCCUCAUCUGUAAAGAACAAGUUCAGUCUAGGACAAAGAUUGAAGAAUGUGUAGUAUGUUCAGACAAAAAGGCAGCAGUUCUUUUCCAGCCUUGUGGUCAUAUGUGUGCCUGUGAGAAUUGUGCAAGCUUGAUGAAGAAAUGUGUACAGUGUCGGGCAGUGGUUGAGCGAAGAGUGCCUUUCAUAAUGUGCUGUGGAGGGAAAGGUACAGAAGAUAGCACUGAUGAUAUUUCAAGUGGAAACAUUCCAGUUUUGCAGAAAGACAAAGACAACACCAAUGUCAAUGCGGAUGUACAGAAACUGCAGCAACAGUUACAAGACAUCAAGGAACAGACUAUGUGUCCCGUCUGUUUGGACCGUCUGAAGAAUAUGAUCUUUCUCUGCGGCCAUGGAACAUGUCAACUUUGUGGAGACCGAAUGAGUGAAUGCCCGAUAUGCCGCAAGGCAAUCGAACGAAGGAUCCUUUUGUAUUAAGUAGUGGAACCAGUGUCUUUUGUUAGCUUAUGAAAUAGUAAGGACAUUUUGAUUUAAAUAUCCCUAAAUUUGAAAGGCAGUAAAGGGUUCUAAUGAAAACAUUUCUAAUACUGUAGCACAGGUUCAUUACAUGGUAAUUGUUUAAUGACUGUGAACACACCAAAUA